ACAUCGGUUCGUUGUCGAGUCUCUGGUGUGGGCUUUCUGUUGAAUGUGACCCAGUGAGUCCAGCUCUAUUACCGGCUACAGCAGCACAGGAACGAUACGAUCCCUUUCCACGGGUCCCUAAACCCGAACCCGAACCCGAACCCAAGCCUCCGCCCGCCCAGCAGCAUGUUCACCUCCCAGACCUCCUCCUUCCAGGACUCCAUCGACGUGGAGGAGAGGGAAGACUUUGACAGUGAAGAACUGGCAGGUUUCACCCAGAAGGUCCAGCUGAGCUGCUACUACACCAUCUACCUGUACCAGGGCACCAGAUCUGAGGCUUCUGGGGAGAAUGUGUCGUGGAACCAGAGACGAGCAGACUCCACAGCCAGUCAGGAUGACUUUAGCCUGACGCUGGUCGACAGCAGCCUGCCGUCGGAGGCAGAACCGGAGCUGCGGACCUACAUUUCCAGGAGGCUGAGCAAAGGAGCCCUGCUGGGGGGGAUGGGCAACAUCGCCACCGUGGAGCUCAGCGUUCCAGAGCAGGCGGUCGGCUGCUACUGUUGUCUCCUGGAGCAGGAAAGGUCUCCUGAGCAGCCGGAUGCUGAUGGGAACGGAUACGUCAUCUGCUUCAUGGGAGGCUCUGAAAAAGGACUCAACUUAUUCAGAUUGGAGCUUGAUAAAUACGUCCAGGGCCUUCGGAGCAGCCUGCAAGCCCCCGAGCUGCAGAACCUUGAGACGGAGGUGCGUCCCUACCUGAGCCAGUGGUACGAGGAGUCUGUGAUGCACAUUCAUCGAGUGGUGCAGCUGGUCCAGAACAACAUCAGCUUCCUGCUGCACGCUGCUCUGAGCCACACUCAUGUGGAGGUCGUCAAUUCAGACGAGAGGACCAAGGCUGACGUAACCAGGUUCAUCAAGGCAGCCAGUCUGCAGGGCCUUUCCCAGCAGGACACCACAGCAGCGUCUCUUUGCAAGGCCAUCUCAGAGGACACGCUGUCGGACCUGAGCAUCGACUGCUCCACCAGCCCCCCCACGCUCACCAAUGGCAUCAGUAAUCGUUUCUGUGAUGACUGGAUCCAGGCGUUUCUGAACGCUGCAGAGCGGUGCAACCCCUUCCUGCUCCGGCAGAUUCUGGAGAACUUCAAACUGAAGGCCAUCCAGGACAUGAACAGUCUGAAGCGCUUCGUGCGGCAGGCAGAGAUGAGUCACUACGCUCUGUUUCGCUGCUGCCAGUUCCUACAGGGCUGUGGAAACGGGGAUGUGCUGCUGCAGAAUGCCAGAGCGGAGCACAGCGACCUGCCCGAGGCCUGCAGCAUCAUCACCGUGCUGGAGGAUUUCCUCCGGGAGCAGAGCCAGGCCCAGGCAUGACUCCUCUACGGCAGAGUCUGUGUGUGACACCUAAACCUAUGUACACUACAUCCCACACAUCACAACAUUAAAUUCCCUGAUAAAAACUUGCAGCGGUGACAGUUUGAAUAUGCCAGCUACAGAAUAAAAUGUAGAUGAUUAAAGUUUGCUGUGCUGGCGACGAGUGCAGCUAGUGGUGGUUAAAUCUGUGAUGCUGCUGUAGAACAGCCAGCAGCUUCUUUCUGACUCGUGACAGUUUGUUGGAUCAGCAACGUGACUGAAUUGACGACGUUAACGAUUAGACGUUCAUGGAAACUAACAUAAAGUGAGUGUGUGAGUGAAGGUGAAAACAUUUUAGAUGCAGCUGUAGACAGAAGCUUCCCUGAACUUUCUGUGUUUGUACAUAACAAGACUAUGAACCAAAUAUUAUUUCUGGUGUUUUGCUGACUGACAAUGAUGACAUCAUAGAACGGAUCCAAACGUUUUGCUUAUUUAUGAUCUAAAUGUCGUUUUAUUAUCGUUCUGUACUAGUUUUCAUAUUGCAAAUGCACGAAUCACUUUUAUGCAUUGGUUGUUAAAUGGCCUUGUGUUUGCUUAACCUGCACUACUUUAUGUCGUUUAUCUGCUGUAUGUACAUACUGUAGCUCUGCUCAGCCCUCUGUGGAGAUGCAUGGUCACACACGUGGUGUACUCUCUGGAUAUUGUGUGUACAUUCAUUGUUUGUUGUUUACAACCACCUUCACCAGCUCAACAGCUCCUGUGUGACCAGUCACUACAUUUACUACGUGUUUGUCGUUGAAUCUUUCUGCAGUAUCACAGAAAACAUGUUCUAAAAACUACAUGAUACCUUAAAGUGAGUUCAGUUUCUGUCCUUGUGUUCUUUAACGUUCCAUCAAACCAUGAAGGGUUUUAACAUUAAGCUCAAAUCAUUCCCCUUAAAUCCAAAGUAUGUAAAACAGCAAUAUCAGUGUUGACGGUGUAUACGUUUAAACUGUGAACCAUGAGGCAUGUAGAGGAGUCGUGUUGCUCUUGUGAACCAUUGUGUGACUGACCCACAGUGCAGAUGUGUGGACUUUUCUGUACAGCGUGUUCUCUGUAGUUAAAAAUGAUCGCGUGGUUCUCAGUCUGGUGUAGGAGGAGCUGAAAUAAAUACCACAGUUGAACCUC